UGAGCGUGAGGAAAGGGACAGGAAGAAAGACAAACAGAAGAUAAAGAAGAAGAAAGAAAGCGAUCUGCCGUCUGCCAUCCUUCAAACCAGCGGAGUUGCCGAGUUCACCAAAAAACGUUCCAAGCUGGUUUUACCUGCACCACAGAUCAGCGACGCUGAGUUGGAGGAGGUGGUUAAGUUGGGUGUGGCCAGUGAGGUCGCCCGUCAGGCCGCUGAGGAGAGUGAAAGUGGAAACUCGGCCUCGUCCACCCUCCUGUCAGAGUACAGCCUCACCAACACCAUGGCAACAGGACUGCGUACCCCACGCACCCCUGCUGCCCAGGACAGGAUACUGCAGGAAGCCCAGAACCUGAUGGCUCUGACCAACAUCGACACUCCUCUGAAGGGAGGCCUCAACACGCCGCUGCACGAGAGCGACUUCAGUGGAGUGACGCCUCAGCGGCAGCAGGUUCAGACGCCCAACACUGUCAUCAGUACACCAUUCAGAACUCCUGGACCAGGUCAGGGGUCGGAGAGCAUGACCCCCCAACCCGGAGGAGUGAUGACUCCACGUGGGGCCACGACCCCGGGUUUGACCCCUGCUCGUACGCCUCUGAGAGACAAGCUGAAUAUAAACAGCGAGGAGCAGCUGACUGACCCUGCAUACGCUAAACACAUGCAAAGGGAAAGCCUGCAGCAGCUGAGGCAGGGCCUGAUGUCACUUCCUGUUCCCAAGAACGACUUUGAGAUCGUUCUUCCAGAAAACGCAGAGAAAGAACUUGAAGAAACAGAGGCGGAGAGCGGGUUCAUAGAGGACUCCGCUGACAUAGAGGCGCGCAAACAGGCUCAGCACGAUGCAGAAAGAGAGAAGGAGCUGAAGCUGCGACACACGUCUGUUCAGAGAAGUCUCCCCAGACCCACUGAGGUGAACGAGUCCGUCCUCCGUCCCGCCUCCAUAGAGCCGCUCCCUGACCUCCAGUUGGCCGAGGAGAUGAUCAAACAGGAAAUGAUCACCAUGCUGCACCACGACUGCCUGCACCACCCGUCGGCCAACGCAGGGAACCAGCUUCAGCGCGGCAAAACCAGAGGCCCCACGUCCACGUCCAACAACGCGUCGCACAUCGCUUUCCUGGAAACACACCCCUACAAGCCCGUUAGCACAGAGGAUAUGGAUCAGGCUAAAGUGAUACUGGCAGCAGAAAUGGAGGUGGUGAAGAUGGGAAUGGGCCACGGUGACCUCAGCAUGGAGGCCUACAGCCAGGUGUGGGAGGAGUGCUACGGACAGGUGUUAUAUCUACCUGGUCAGAACAGAUACACCCGAGCUAACCUGGCAUCAAAGAAAGACCGAAUUGAAAGCUUCGAGAAAAAACUAGAGAUGAACCGUGGUCACAUGACAGCGGAGGCCAGGAGAGCGGCUAAGCUGGAGAAGAAACUCAAAAUCCUGCUGGGAGGGUUUCAGUCCAGAGCGCUGGGGCUCCUGAAGCAGCACAAUGAACUCUGGGAACAGGUGGAGCAGGCAGCCACGGAGCUCCAGACCUUCACUCAGCUGAAGAAACAAGAGGAUACCGCCAUCCCCAGGAGACAAGAGGCUCUGCGGGAGGACGUGGAGAGGCAGAUGGAGAGAGAGAGGGAGCUGCAGCAGAGAUACGGAGAGUUGCUGAUGGAGAGAGAGUCGCUGGUCAACAGUGCUCAGAAGUACUGAGCAGCACACACGCUAACACACAUUCACACAAAGUACACACGUACAAACACUGAUGUCAGAGCGACAGCAGCGUUCAGAAACAAACAGAGACGUCAUGAUUAACAUUUGUCAUUUUCAAAUUGUUCAAACAUUAUGGCAGUUCCAUGGAUUAGCCCCGCCUCCAUGUGCUCAUGUUGCUAUGAUGUCACGAGUCGUGUUUCUGUAUUAGUGACCAAUAAAGUUUCUUUUCAACAAUGA